AUGCCACCAAACCCAGGUGGCGAUCCGCCACAACAAAUUCCGUCCUACCAAGGAUACAAUGAAGAAUACCAGGAAGGAUACCAGGGUAGCCAAUUAUAUGGUCCAUACCUCGGGGUCGGGUACCAUACCCAAGGUCCCAGUUACCAGCAACCACCCAACCAUGGGCACGGAGGCUUCUCCAACUACAACCAGACAUUCAGUCAACACCAGAACAUGCGCCCGCCCUUCUCUCCGGAAGAGGCUCGUCAAAUGGCUGCAUCUUACCAUGGCAUGCCGCCGCCGCCACCUCUACCCCCAGGUCCUCCUCCACACCACCCAUACCACCAGUCAUCGUCUGCUAGAUCUCGAGGAAAUGCACCACGUGGCCGCGGUGCCCUCACCCAACAAUCUGGCAUUCAGAAGAAGAAGAAGACAGCAGCGGGCGAUAAACAGCUGCCCAGGUCAAAGGUUCGCUGCGGUUGGUGCAAGGCAGUGGGUCACUAUCUUUGCGAUUGCGAAAGCAAGAUAGACCAGAAAGGGUUUAUUUGUGGAUGUCCCAUCUGCAACGUACCAGAAGAGGAGCACAAUCUGGACUCUUGUCCCUUUCGAAACAAGAGACCCAACAAUUACCAGUACUAUGCUGGAGAGCGCCGACAUGGCAAGGCACCUCUUAAGGUCAAUUUCGACCUCUCAUCUAUUGUUGGAUUUGAGGAGGACAAGUGGCGCCCCCACACACCAGAAUAUGCGAGAAGCCUUGGGCGAUCCCAUCGUACCAGAUUCCGUUACGAAGAGAAGUGGAGUGACAACCAGAGAAUUAUGGAUCCUGCUUGGGCAAAGUGGGAGGAAGAGUUGAAGCAGGAUCCAGAUGCUCCACCUCCCAGUCUCCUCCACCCAGACUACAUCUCACCAGAUUCUUUCCUACCAUCUGUCUCUAAACUCCCGGCCGCAUCCUUCGAGCCGGAAGCCACGGAGGACCAGGACAAUAUGUCAACAGUCGCGAACUACGGUACGUCAGACUCUGGCGGCGACGACGAAGACCAUCGCACAUAUGGUCGUCAGGGUCCCAGUGAUGACAUUGGCGAUCGGUUAUAG